AGAUGUGUCCGUCGCAGCGGGCUUUGGGUGACCAAUGGCGCGCCGAUCUGGGAGAGCGGCCGUGCUCCUCGGCCUUGGCACCGCCUUCGUGGCCCCAUGUGAAUUGCCAAGGCAGGGAGCCUUGCCUGAGCUGGGCCAGAUUGCUCUGGCCCAAUCUGCGCCACAGAACCUGACGCCCCUCGAGAAGUUCGGCCCAGACCCUUUCUUCUACACCUACAUUAUCGUGUCUAUUCUUGUGGUGCUGGUCUCCCUGUACCUCAUCACGAAGCCGUACUGGGAACAGCGAUGGUUGAUCGAGCGCAUCAACUCGCAGAAGCUCAAGUUCAUCACCAACGAGUCCGAGGUCACCCCGCGAGAGCAGUUCGAGCUGGGCCGCAUGACGUACAAUGCUCUGAAGGACUUUCCCAGUGCGCUGGCUGAGUUCGAAGAGGUGGAAGACGAUUUUGACGAGAUCCGAUCAGUGCUAGAUCCGGAGGACGCCAUGGGCGCCUUGGCCGCCCGGGCGCAGCUGCACAACAGCAAAGGCUUUGCUUUGAUGAAGCUGGAGCCGCCCCGCACGGCGCAAGCACGGCGCGAGUUUGUGCGGGCCGUGACGUACUGGCCGGAGUAUCCCGAGGCGCUUCUUAACAUUGGCAGAGAGCUGAUCAAGCGGAAGCGCUUCGAUGUGGCUGUUCGAACUCUGAACACGGCGCUGAAGUGGCAGCCAGGGAACGACGACAUCCAACAGUUCGCAGAGCAGGCGAGGAAGGCCAUGGAUGGGCAAAUGACGGCAAGGGAGCUGAAGGAAAUCACUGCGUGAGGAUGUCAGGUGCAUCUCCACCUCUCUCUCUCUCUCUCUCUCUUACUUGCGAGCGGUUAGCCCGCAAUGAGAGGCUUUCCGCACCGAUACAUGCUGAAGUGGCACGUGCCGCACAAGACCCAGCUGUGGAAGC